GCCUCUUACAUACACUACUAUUGCUGCCCGCCGAAAGUUUAAUCGCAAUGGCCAAAUUCAAAUUCUACGCAGUUUGUGUCGGCAGGGAAGGGCCUCAGAUAUACACCGAUUGGGAACAAUGUAAAGCCAACAUAACACGAUAUCCAGGAGCCAAGCAUAGGUCAUUUAAUUUGCGAUCAAAAGCAGAGGACUGGAUAUCACAACACCUUUUGGCUAAUCCAGGAGAUUCUGAUUCUGAAAUAGAACUUGUUGACGGUCCCUCGACCCUAAAACUCACAAAUAUCCCCGUCGCACACCAGAAAGUUGACUCCGAUUCUGACAUUGAAGUCGUCGCCUACAUCCCAGCAAGUAAAGCUUCAAAGCAACUCUCACUUCCUCCACAAUCAACCUCCACCCAAUUGCGUGACACGGAUGUGAUAGUGCUUUCCCCGGAGCAAGAGGAGGUGCUCAAACUAAUGAAAAACGAGAAAAGUGUCUUUUAUACUGGCUCGGCAGGGACCGGAAAAUCUGUGUUGUUACGGGAAAUCAUUAAAUGGUUUAAAGCAUCCAGGAAAAAUCUAGCAAUAACAGCUUCAACGGGAAUUGCUGCCGUCAACAUUGGCGGCACUACCGUACAUUCCUGGGCUGGGAUCGGGCUGGGAUUGGAUCCACCCAAGGACAUUGCAACCAAAUUUUUCACCAAUGCUCAAAGAUUUGCCGACGUUCUAAAGCGGUGGCAUCAAGUUGAUGCUCUUAUCAUCGAUGAAAUUUCUAUGCUUGACGGAAAUCUCUUUGAUACAUUGGAAUAUUUAGCACGCAGAAUUAGGGAAAGUGACCUUCCAUUCGGUGGUAUUCAGCUAAUUUUGUCUGGUGACUUCUGCCAACUCCCUCCUGUUCCUUCACGCGGUCAACAGGGCAGUUCAAAAGAAUCAUGUUUCACAUUUGAAGCUCGAAGCUGGGAAGAAUGUGUCGGGCCGCCGAUUGUCCUACAAAAAGUAUUUAGGCAAAAGGACCAACACUUUGUGGACAUGCUCAACUCGAUGCGUUUUGGUCAUUUGGAUUCUUCCGCUGUUAGUGCCUUCCACGCCCUGUCUCGAGAAGUCGUGUACACCGAUGGUAUUGAGCCUUCCGAAUUGUUCCCAACACGCCAGGAAGUAGAUAGAGCGAAUAGCACACGACUCAACAAACUCCAAUCUGAAGAGGUAAUAUAUCAAGCGCAGGACAUUCCAGGAACCGACGCCGAUGGCAAUCAAGUCCCGUGGGCUACAGCUUCGAGCCUGCUUAAUCGUUUGAUAGUCCCCAAAAUACUUUCGGUAAAGGUUGGCGCGCAGGUGAUGUUGGUCAAGAAUCUGUUUGAUCACGGAUUGGUCAAUGGUUCUAUAGGGAAAAUCGAAAGCUUCAGGACUGUGCUCGACGCCGUGGAGCAGGGGCGUACUGUGGGAACAACGAGGUCUGAAGGCUCUGGUCAAGACGUGUCAUUGGAGAACGACCCUUCUGUUGCCCGACUUCCCAGGGGACGAGUAUGGCCAGUCGUCCGAUUCUCUUCUGAGCGGAUGCUUCGCGCUACCAGGUUCCCUUGAUACUUGCUUGGGCGCUGUCGAUACACAAAAGUCAAGGUCAAACUCUAGAGCGUGUCAAGGUCGACCUUCAAAAUAUCUUUGAAAAGGGUCAGGCAUACGUCGCGUUGUCGAGGUCCACAAAGAUGGAGCAGCUUCAAGUACUGAAUUUCGAUGCAUCAAAGGUCAAAGCCCAUCCUCGUGUUCUCGCAUGGUAUGCAAAACAUACCGCAAAAAAUACUACGCACAAGGUCUCUGAACUGGAAUCCGAUCUAGAAGACAACAUAGAGUUUGAUGACCAAGAUAUUGAGAUGGACGAGAUGGACGAAAUGGACGAAAUAG